AUGGCCCCGACGAUAGUAAAGCGGCUUGUAUCUUGUACAGAGUUUGGCUUUGAUAUCCUGGGAUCAAGAUUCAUGGGAAAUUUGCGUACCGACCGUGACGAUGACGAUCCAGAGAGUCAUGUGAAUCCAGAUAUUCAACUCAAAGGAGAAGAUAAAAAACGAAAGGCUGAACCCACAUUCUCCGAAAAGGUAGAAUGGACGGAUGAAUCCGACUUUGUGCCAGUCGCCAAACCAAAAAAGAAGCGCCCCAAGAGAAAAUCAGCGCCAAAAAGAAGAAGCACUGGCGCCGAUGGGCCAGCAACGGAUGCCGACGAUGUUGUCCUCGAAGAUGACUGGCAGCCUGAACUGCCCGAUUAUUUGAUUCAGCGGCGAGAGGAAUUUGACGCCAACAGGAAGAGACAUCAUGAAGCUGCACUCAUGCUGCCACCAGACUACACUGGCGUAGAUCUCGUUGACGGCAAUGGCAUUGAAAAUCUCAGCGAGCGCCCUACUUUCCCUCCUAGUAGCGGUAUUCGCCCUGUACGAGCGUACGAGGAUAUUGAGCUGCCGCAAUCCGCAGGCCUCAUCCCAGCCUCCAUCGCCCAGUAUUUGCGCGACUAUCAAAUCGAAGGCGUCAAGUUUUUACAUCGCAAGUUUGUCUACCAAGAGGGCGGCAUUCUUGGUGACGACAUGGGCCUCGGCAAAACAGUACAGGUAGUCGCCUUUCUGACCGCAGCAUUUGGCAAGACAGGCGAUGAGCGAGAUAAGCGAAGGCUCCGACAGAUGCGCUGGUAUAGCACCGAUCGGUGGUAUCCGCGCAUUCUGAUCAUUUGUCCAGGGUCGCUGCUCGUGAACUGGAGGAAUGAACUGGACCGAUGGGGCUGGUGGCAAGCAGAGAUUUACCAUGGGCCAAACAAGGACGACAUCCUCGGUACCAUGAGAGGGGGCAUGUCAGAAAUCAUGAUUACAACAUACGAUACAUACAAGAAUAGCCGCAGCGCCGUCAACAUGGUCCAGUGGGACGCCGUUAUCGCCGAUGAAUGCCACAGGCUCAAGGGACACAAUUCAGAAACGACCAAGGCCAUGAACGAGAUCAAUGCGCUAUGUCGCAUCGGACUAACUGGCACGGCCAUCCAGAAUAAGUACGAAGAGCUUUGGACAUUGCUUGACUGGACCAACCCGGGCAAUUUCGGCACCAGAGCAGAAUGGAGCCAGACAAUCAGCAAGCCACUCACCGUCGGUCAAUCUCACGAAGCCACCUUGGCCCAGCUGAGUCUCGCAAGACAGACGGCGCAGAAGCUCGUCAAUAAUUUACUUCCUCGCUACUUUCUACGGCGAAUGAAGAGCCUCAUUGCCGACCAGCUACCCAAAAAGACGGACCGCGUCGUCUUCUGUCCAUUGACUGACCUUCAGAAGCAGGCAUACGAUAACUUUUUGGGGAGCGAUGAUAUUUCUGUGAUACGUAACAUUUCAGAGACGUGUCAGCAUGAGAAGAAACGGGGCUGGUGCUGCGGGCGAUAUCUCAGCAACGGCCGGGCCUGGCAGAGCGCCGUAUUCCCCAGCAUGAUGUCUCUGCAAAAGCUCUCCAACCACAUGACGCUUCUCGUGCCCUCGGCGACUGACCUCGAUGGCAAGCAAGAUUCAGAGCUUAAUACGCUCAAAAUCUGCGUGCCAGAUAGAUGGCAGAGCCUGUAUGCGCACCGCGACCAGAUUGGCAAUCUCGUUAACCCCGAGUUCUGCGGAAAAUGGAAGGUCAUGAAGAAGCUGCUCAAGUUUUGGCACAGCAGUGGUGACAAGGUGCUCGUCUUUUCUCAUAGCGUCCGUCUUUUGCGGAUUUUGCAACAUCUCUUUACCAACACUAGCUACACGGUGAGCUAUCUCGAUGGUAGCUUGAGCUACGAGCAGCGACAGGAAGUCGUCGACACGUUCAAUUCCGACCCAACGCAGUUUGUUUUCCUCAUCUCAACCAGGGCGGGCGGUGUUGGUCUCAACAUUACAUCAGCCAACAAGGUUGUCAUUGUCGACCCGCACUGGAAUCCCUCCUACGAUCUGCAAGCGCAAGACAGGGCAUACCGCAUCGGUCAGACCCGCGAUGUCGAAGUAUUUCGGCUCAUUUCUCUCGGCACCGUGGAAGAAAUUGUCUACGCACGCCAAGUCUACAAGCAGCAGCAGGCCAAUAUUGGCUACACUGCGUCAUCAGAGCGUCGUUACUUUCGUGGCGUACAGCAAGACGCGGAUCGCAAGGGCGAAAUCUUUGGUCUCUCCAACAUUUUCACGUUCCAUAGCGAUAGUGGCCUGCUGCGUGACAUUGUCAACAAGACCAACAUUGCAGAAGCCAAAGUCGGUGUGACGCUCGCGGAAGUAAACGUGGACCAAGCAGCGAAAGAAGACGACGAUUUGGUCCCUGUAAAGGCCGAGCACGGCGAUGACGACAACGGCGUUGGCCAGUUGGCGGCGCUUCUCACAGCGGAGGACAAGAAGCCCAAGCCAGAUGGUCAGAGUGGGACACCGCGUAAGAGCGACGCCAUCCAGGCCAUUCUCGCAUCCGCAGGCGUAGAGUAUACACACGACAAUGCCGAAGUCGUUGGUACCUCGAAGAUUGAGGAGCAGUUGUCACGCCGCGCCGCCAUGACUUCCUGGCAAGACGACGCGCAUGGUCAAAGCGCACUGUUUGCCGGGAGCCAGGACGAUAUCCAAGACCUGGAGGCCCUGCACAGUGUGUAUAAUCCUCCCGCGGAUGUUCGGCUGCGGCAAUUUUGCGAAAUGGCGCGCGAGUUUGGUUUUGCCAAUGCCCAGGACUUUGCGCUCGUCGUGGAGGGGUGGACGCAGGAGGAGCGACGCAACUGCCUGGAGACUUUCUACAAGAGGCGCCAGGGAAAGAUUGCACAGAAGACGGAGAGAAUUCUGGACGAGGGGGGUGUCGAGGUAAAAAAGCAAGAGGCUGGUGAUGGGUCGAUAUUGCCCAGCGUCGAGGUGAAGAGUGAGAUCGUCAAGACAGAGCCAGGCGUCAAGCGGGAAUCUAUGAAGCGUGAAGUCAAGGGCGAAGUCAAGUCUGAAGUCAAGGGCGAAGUCAAGAAUGAGGUUAAGGGUGGAGUCAAGGAUGAAACCAAGCCUAGACUUCAGCACGAGAUCAAGCAUGAGAUCAAGUCUGAGGUCAAACCUGGGGUCAAGGCCGAAGUCAAACCCGAGGUCAAAGGUGAAGUCAAACCCGAGGUUAAGCAUGAGGUCAAAGACGAGUCCAAAGACAGAGUCAAAGAGGAGAUGAAGAGAGAACCUGUUGGCGUCAAGCACGAAACUUGCGCAAAGGCAGAACUUGAAGACGUAAAAAUGACAGAUGCCAAGACGGAAGGCGAAAGCAAGAGAGUGUCCAUCUUUUUGAUAGACGACGAUGACGAUGAUGAGCUUUAG